AUGUGGGGACAGUUACUGACGUUCACCUAUCCUUUACAGCAUGUUGCUGAGCACGAGCGUGGUGAAGCGGAUAUCAACAAGGAAUUCACUGCGCCGGAAAAUGAACGAUUCGUCGUCCACGAUAGUCAGGGGUUUGAAGCUGGCGAUAGCGAAAAUUUUGCGAUUGCAAAAGACUUCAUUAAGCGCCGACGCAACAUGCCACUGCAGGACAAAAUCCACGCGGUCUGGCUUUGCAUCUCGAUACCUCUUGCCAAUGAAGCCUUGUUCGAGAAUGGAAUAGAGGAAUUCAUCAAAUUGAGGAAGGAAAUACUGGGCGAUAUUCCGAUAAUUGUCGUCUUCACCAAGUAUGACACUCUUGUCGACAAAUUGGAGUACGACGCCAGUAUAUCAGGCGAAUAUGACAAAACCGCGCUCGAAGAUCUGUGUAUCCAGCCGCUUAAGGAAGUAGCCGGAAGCGACAUUUUGCACACAACGGUUUCUACGGAGGAAGAGUACGAGAGCACCAUAAGACAACUGAUCGAUCUUACAACCACGAGCGUCGAAAAAUUUGUCGCCUCAGAAGCGGCAUUAGUAAUGAUGAUAGCCCAACGGGCAGACAUCGGUCUUAAAGUUAAGGCAUCAAUUGUCAUUGGGAAGAAAAGAUAUUGGAGAGGUCUCGCUGCGAGCGUGAACUUCAAAGGCUUUACCAUGUCGGACUGCUUGUCUGUGAUUCACAAGGACAUCAUUGAUGUCUGGAACUUCAACGACCCUCACUGUCACUUGGCUAGUGACCAGUUCAAAGAACUUAUACUGAAAGAUCUAGACAAAGCCGAUGAACUGAUGCCAAAAGGUCCUGACAUGACCGACCUUCCCAGUGAAUUCGGUCUCGCGACGAUUACAGCGAUUUUGACAUUGCUAGCUGGCGCGUUUCCACCGAUUGCCGCAGGGGUGGCCUUGGUUGAAUGGGCUCGCGAUGUCUAUCAACAUACAAAUAUUGUUUUACAGCGGAUUAUGACGUAUAUCGUGGAUUUAACAUGCGUCAUGCAGAUAUUGUUCUUGCUAGCACCGACAGGUCCUAUUUCUCGUCACGUCAUCAAAAUUGCCACCAAAGCCUAUGAGGGGGCGUGCAAAAAUAAAGUCCACUUAGCAAUCCAAUCCUAUUGUGUGUCUGCCAUUUGUAGAGGAGAGGGUGAUGCGCUGGAGAAGAUUGUCAGGAUGAUCGAGGAUCAUUCUAUCAAGGCUGAAGAAGUUCGGGGCCUGAGGGCGCAGAUUGGGCGCGUGGAUCCGAAAGCAGACGAAGAGUGGUAG